AUGGACAUCCACGAGGGUUCAACGUCGUCGGGGAAGAGCACCGACCACCGAGAACGCGCAAAGGUGAUGGUGAGCAUCACCACUCCGUCUGGGGUGCCCAAACAGCGUGCGCCCGUGGACGUUGUCCUCGUCCUCCACGUCCAGAUCCGACUCAUAGCGCCACGCAACUGGCACGAUCUCCUCGUUAAGGCGACACAAGUUGUCCUUGACAAUCUUGGAGAGAAAGACCGUCUCGCGAUCGUCCCUGCUUCACUGAUGGAAGAAACAGCUGUGAAACCAAAAGUUGUCCUUGACAAGCUUGGAGAGCAAGACCGUCUCGCGAUCGUCCCCGCUUCAUUGAUGGAAGAAACAGCUGUGAAACCUAAAGUUGUCCUUGACAAGCUUGGAAAGCAAGACCGUCUCGCGAUCGUCCCCGCUUCAUUGAUUGAAGAAACAGCUGUUGUCCUUGACAAGCUUGGAGAGCAAGACCGUCUCGCGAUCGUCCCCGCUUCAUUGAUGGAAGAAACAGCUGUGAAACCAAAAGUUGUCCUUGACAAGCUUGGAGAGCAAGACCGUCUGGCGAUCGUCCCCGCUUCAUUGAUGGAAAAAUUCUAUGAGAAACCAAAAUUCUAUGAGAUGUCCUCCGUGACUAAGAAGAGGGCUUUUGCUGCAGUAGAGGGUUCGCAGGCAAUGAGAAGAAACGGGCAAUUGCUUACAGAUCUGGAGUCGGCCGAGUCGGAUCUAUAUAAUAGGAAGUCCGAGGAAAAGGAGGAGCACGCCGCCCACAUCAUCGUCAUCUCCAACAGCAACGAGGACCUGAGCUCCGCGGUUAGCUGGAGGUUCCGCUCGGUCCAUGCAUUCGGCUUCCGGGAUGCCCACAAUGGGAGGAAAAUGGGAACCAUUGCCAGCAACUCGGAGAGCACCUAUGCAGUCUUUGACGAGGGUGGUGAUGAGAUCAGUCCUGCCUUUGCGAAAAGCAUGGAGAAAAUCACAUCGGGCGUGGAGCCACUGGAGGUGAGGCUAAAGUGCGGCCAAGAUGUGGUACUAUCAGCCAUCUGUGCCCCUCGCAUCAGCUACUUCAUCUCCAACGACAAGAAGUUUGGGAUCAUCUGGGCCAGUGCCCGACGCACGGCAGGCACGGUAACCAACUUUGUUGUGGAACUGCAGUUCCCCAAGCAUCGUUGGUCAUCAAAGCCAAACCGUGGCAGUAGCACCCAUGUCAGCGUGGAAGCCAAGUACGGGCGGCAUCCGAAUUCCAAGAGCCUCAAAGGAGCUUGCAAGGAGUUGAACAAGUCCGUGUCCGUGGACUUUCUCGAGUUGUUGCGUAUGGAAGCUGUGAAGAUGGUUUAUGAUGAGCUAACUGUACCUUCAGUACGAGAUAAAUAUGACUGUGAGCAGCUCCACAAGGCCGCAGACAGGCUGGAUCAGAAGUGGACGGAGGCUGCUAAGUCACACUCAGACACCCUUUUAUCUGGUCUCGAUGGGGAGAUGCGACAGAUGGUGACGAGGCUUUACAACAACUACUUGUGGCUUGAGUACAUGCUCUCAUGGAAGUCACAACAGCGGUGGCCGCUGCCUCCAAUAGCCACAGCCAUGGACAGGCGGCAGCGGCAGGCCACGACUGAUGACCCCCUCCUGCGCAUGAGAGUCCUGGCCCAGGUCAACGCUAUCCCAGAGCCAAUCCGAAAGCCCCGACGAGGGCUGCUGCCAGUGCUAGUUGAGGUCACUGUGCCUGUCGAGGGUUUGGCAAAGGCGAAACGCGCCUCCCUCGACCUUGUUGUUGUGCUCGACGUCAGCUGCAAAGCUAGCGCUACCAGGGAGAUGAAGAAAAAAAGGCUAGAACUGCUACACCAGGCUAUGAACUUCAUUCUAAAGAAGCUUAGCUACAAGGACCGCCUAGCAAUCAUACAUGUGGAUCAAUCUGGCGAUUGCGCCAAGCUGCAGAAGCCCUCGGAGGUCAAGGUGGAUUUUGACUUCAGAAGGGCGCACCACCACCGAGUCUCCAAGACCAAUUUAUCCAACUAUUUGACGGACGCCGUUAAGUUAUUGGAUGGUCGCGGAGAAGACAAUGAGAGGUUGGGUUUGAUCAUUCUCAUCUCCGACGGGGAUGACAUCUCCAUCCUCCGCCAGAAACCUCAGAGGUGCAACUACACUGUCCACACCUUCGGUCUCCAUGGUGAGCGAAACAGCAGGACCAUGCAUGCCAUAGCUACGGACUCCAGCGGCAUCUACGCCAUCAUCAACGACCACCAGGAUAAAAUCACCGAGACAUUCAUGGCUUGCAUUAGAAAGGUCACUUGUACCAUCGCUGUUAAUACGAAGGUCAAUAUCAUCUGCAGCAACACCGCCGGAGUGAAGCUAUCCGCUAUUGAGUCUGGGCAAUUCGAGUCCAGCAUCAGCGAUGACAAAAAGUUUGGUUCCAUCUUUGCUGGUGACCUCUAUGCCGGUGCGGUGAAGAGAUUCGUCGCCUACCUGGAGAAGGGCCAAGGGUACAGCGAUUCUAGACAUUUGUCCAGCUUGCUCCAAGUCAAUGUCACGUGGCAGCCUCCACACCAAGUUGCUCAACUGAUGCAAGCUCAAGUUAAGAUUAUCAAGGGCCCAACUGAUCCAUCAUCUACUGAUGACGUUAAGGACAAAGUUGACGUUAAUGUGGACGAAAUUACUGAUGUUGUGGACGAAAUUGCCCGCCUUAAAGAGAUGGAAAUUGUCAGUGCCAUAAUUGGCAGACACGGACAAACCAAUGUAGGGAAGGAUUUGGCGGAAAAGGUGCAGAAGCUACGAAAGGAUCUCAGGUUGCAUGCUACUAGUAUACGUGUGCGCCCCAAAGGUUCCAGUUAUGAAUUCCGAGUUGACGAGGAGAGCCUGGCAAGCCUCGAGGAUGACCUGGACAACCCUCAGUUGUCGUAUAUACUCUCAUGGCUAUCAUAUCAAGGGUUAUGUGAAAAGCCACCGUCGGCACCAAGUAGGCGUCGCCAAGACAUCAGAGAAAGUUCGCAGCAGGACCAAGAAAACAUGUCCCCAGAAGAGCAGUGA